AUGCCUUUCCUCGCUCGAUCCCGCUCCAACUCUCCAGAGCUCCCCGCUGAUUCAAAACCCUUGUACCUGGGUUUCGACCUGUCCACCCAGCAGCUCAAAGGUAUCGUUGUCGACUCAGACCUCAAGGUCGUUGGUGAAGCCAAGGUCGAUUUCGACAAGGACUUUGGGCGCAAAUAUGGUAUCCAAAAGGGUGUCCAUGUCAUUGAAGAGACGGGUGAGGUUUAUGCUCCCGUCGCCAUGUGGAUGGAGUCGCUUGACCUCGUUCUCGAGCGUCUAGCGGAAGCUAUGCCCGUCCCUCUAUCCCGCAUCCGCGCUAUCAGCGGUUCUUGCCAGCAGCACGGUAGUGUCUUUUGGAAUGGCCAGGCCUAUGAGAUACUUCACAACCUCGAUCCUCGUCUGCCCCUCGCUGUGCAGCUCCCUGGAGCUCUUGCGCACCCUUGGUCGCCCAAUUGGCAAGACCAGAGCACUCAAAACGAAUGCGACGCCUUUGACUCUGCUCUCGGUGGUCGACAGAAGCUCGCUGAGGUGACGGGAAGCGGCGCGCACCAUCGCUUUACUGGAACACAGAUCAUGCGCCUUAAGAAGGAUCUCCCUCAAAUGUACGCUAGAACUGCUCACAUCUCCCUCGUCUCCUCAUGGCUCGCCUCCGUAUUCCUCGGAGCCAUCGCCCCGAUGGACGUGAGCGACGUCUGCGGCAUGAACCUCUUCGACAUGUCCCGUCAGACAUUCAGCGAGCCUCUCCUCGAGCUUGCCGCCGGCAGCAAGCGCGACGCCAUCAACUUGCGCAAGAAGCUGGGUGAGCCUUGUCUCAAGGGAGAAGCUAUCCUUGGCCCCGUCUCCCCGUACUUUGUGGACCGCCACGGCUUCCACCCCGACUGCCAGAUCACCCCCUUCACUGGCGAUAACCCCGGCACCAUCCUCGCUCUUCCUCUCCGACCCCUCGACGCCAUCGUCUCUCUCGGCACUUCCACGACCUUCCUCAUGAACACCCCCAAGUACAAGCCCGACGGAUCCUACCACUUCUUCAACCACCCCACCACCGAUGGUCACUACAUGUUCAUGCUCUGCUACAAGAACGGUGGUCUGGCACGCGAGAGGGUUCGCGACCAGCUUCCCAAGCCCGAGAACGGCCCCACCGGCUGGGAGACGUUCAACAAGGCUGUCGAAAGCACACCCCUUAUGGGCGCUGCGAAGGAGGACGACAGGCGCAAGCUUGGCCUGUACUUCUACCUCCGCGAGACCGUCCCCAACAUCCGCGCCGGCACCUGGCGCUACUCGUGCGAACCUGAUGGUUCUGACCUCCAGGAGGUCAAGGGUGGAUGGGACAAGGAGACGGACGCUCGCAUGAUCGUCGAGUCCCAGGCCCUGUCGAUGCGCCUACGCUCUCAGAACCUCGUCCACAGUCCCCGACCUGGUCUGCCCGCCCAGCCUCGCCGCAUCUACCUCGUGGGCGGCGGCUCGUUGAACCCUGCCAUUGCCCGCGUCCUGGGCGAGGUCCUUGGUGGCAGCGAGGGUGUGUACAAGCUCGAUGUCGGCGGCAACGCUUGCGCUUUGGGUGGUGCUUACAAGGCUCUCUGGGCCAUGGAGCGCCAGGAGAAUGAGACCUUUGAUGACCUCAUCGGCAAGCGAUGGACCGAGGAGGGCAACAUCCAGCGCGUCGACGAGGGCUUCCGCGACGGAACCUACCAAAAGUACGGCAAGCUGCUGACUGCAUUUGAAGCCAUGGAGAACAAGAUCCUGGCCGAGGAGGCUCACGCACCAGAGGAAGACCGAAGGCGUUCAGAGGAAAAGGUUUAA